UCAAUUCAAAAGGAACAAAGGUCAUCAAUCUACAACUAAUUCAAACUGGGGCUGCAACUGUGGGCGACUUCGAAUUUAUCUAACUUGAUAUAUGAUCCCAGACGGUGAAUGCGUUGGCAUUUUAUCUUUCCGUUCGUUUCUCUUCUUCUUCUUUUACCCUCUUUUGUUUCAGACGGCAGGUCGUCUCUCCUCUCGUAUCGUGUCGCCAUGAUCCUAGCCGCAAAAAUCAUUGCGUUUAACACCAUCGAAGCCAUCGGAUUUGCCGGCGCCUUUGCUAUAACUAUCACCGCACUCCUUUCUCCUUCUAUUCCACGUCUGUCAACUUGGUAUCUGGUGCUAUGCAGUAGCGGUGUAUAUUCACUGUCAAUGCUGCUUCUGGCAAUAGCUCAUGCUCAGUCCGGGGCUGAGCCUAACUCUACCUUGUGUCUUAUUCAAGGUGCAUUGAUCUAUUCUGCGGCGAUUUGGCUGAUGGGCUCAGUAUGUAUGUUUUCAGUACAGUUCUACUUGACAGUACUUUUUUAUACCAAGCAAUAUUCCGGGUUGAUCCAUCGUGAAAGCAAAUUGCUUUCUGUUGGGAUGGUAUCAAUCUUUAUGUGCGUUACUGUUUCACUGCUUAUAUAUGGGACUCUUCUGCCACACAUUGUUGUGCGUAGUCCUCAGCAGUUCUAUUGCCAUUUUUCGAGUGAGAUAGGAGUCUCUAUUGUUGCUGUAUUUGGGGUUUUGUUUGCCAUCGUCGCUGUUUUCUGUGAAUAUCAUACCGGUGUAUUGCUUUACCGGCAUUGGAACACAGUUGAUAUUUAUCAGCAAUCAAACGGCACUUUGUCUAUUGGAGUUCUGGCUCGUCUAGCAGGUUUCAGUCUGGUUUCUAUACUCUCUGUAUCAUCCUGCGCGCUCUUCACAUUUCAGUCUGCUUCUAAUCAAAGUUUUGAAUACAUUAUUUUAUAUACGGUGGUCGUGGCAAAUGCCGAUGUACCUCUUUUGGGUCUUAAUAAGUCUAUUAUUCGUGCUUGGAUGUUCUGGAAGAAGACUGGCACAUCUGCAGAACAGUAUUCCGGACAAGUCUCAGGUCCUUAAAGAGGCCCAAGCCGAAGGACAAGGCUAUUGUAGGAGUCAUUGCGUAUCUAUUUGAGCUUCUAAUUUUCUCUCCUCUAUGCCAAACCAUGCAAGCAUGUCUCGUCAACUUGACUCUAAGCUGAGCUUUCAUGUUGGGUCUAGUAGUAACACCACUAAAUAAUGGUUGAUAUCAUUGCAAAUACCUACCCACUACCUAUAUAUGUCCGUAGUCUUCCGGUAUCAAAUAUAUCCAUACAUUCUAG